CAAAAAAAAAAUGGAAGAACACGAUUCAGACAUGAUUUCCGAAAAACGGCCGCUAGAUUCUGAGAUAACCGGAGAUAUCACAAACCCUAAACGGCGGCUAGGUUCUUUAAAGGUAAUCCAAUUUGUGGACAAUGUCGUCUACAGAUUGUACUUCAAAGGUUUGGUGAGUGACGAAACGGUGGCUGACGGUGGAGAAAGGACCGUUACGGCUGGAUUUGGUGUCGCAAUUUGCGACGAAGAAGAUAAUUUGUUGUAUGAGAUGAAGGAAUCGCUGAGUGACGGCGAGAUUAACCGCAGAGGAGUGGAGAUUAGGGCAUUGGUUCAUGGGUUAAGUGAAGCUUUCAAGUAGGGAAUCAGAAAUGUCAAGAUUCAUUGCGAUGAUUAUGCCAUCCUCCAAUUCAUAAAUGGUGGAGCAAAGCCUAACCAGAACAAUAUUGCUCAGCAUGUGAAAGAAGUCCGUCGCCUUAAGAAAAUAUGGCGUCUUGUGAACCUCUUAUGGUUGCACUUAACGAUGUGAAGUUUGCAUUUAAACUUGCAAGAGAUGCAAUAGCUUCUCAAAGCAGCAGCGGCGAUUCAAGGGCAGCUCAGGGAGAAACUUGUGCCAUAUGUCUUGUAGAAACCGAUAAUGACCGGAUGUUCUUAACUAACAAAUGCAUUCACCGUCAUUGCUUUUCUUGUGUGAAACAGUAUGUGGAAGUGAAGCUGCUUAGUGGAAUUGUGCCUACAUGUCUCGGUGAAGGAUGCAAGUUAAAGCUUACUCUUGAAAGCUGUAGCAAGAUUUUGACAACGAGGGUUACUGAGAUGUGGAAACAAAAGAUGAAAGAGGAUUCUAUUCCUGCUGUAGAACGAAUCUAUUGCCCAUAUCCAAACUGCUCAACGUUGAUGUCCAAAUCCGAGCUUUCGAGCUCUGAGGACUCAGACCAGUCCAAUGUUCGGGAAUGUGUUAAAUGCUGUGGACUCUUUUGUAUGGAUUGCAAAGUACCAUCACAUACCGAUUUGUCUUGCGCUGAUUACAAGAAACUUCACCCUGACCCUUUAGUUGAUGACACGAAGCUAAAGUCUCUUGCAAACGACAAUAGGUGGCGUCAAUGCGUCAAGUGUAGGCACUUGAUUGAACUUUCUCAUGGCUGCAACCACAUGACUUGCAGAUGUGGAUAUGAGUUUUGCUACAAAUGUGGGAUUGAAUGGAAGAAGAGCCAACAAAUUUGCCCUUCUGGUUGCCAACUUACUGGCUAUGGUGAUUAUGAUGAUGAAGAUGACGAUGAUGAUGAUGACUCAGAACAUACUUGUGAGGAGGAUAUGUGUGAUUGCUAUUACGAUAAUGAUGGUGUUCGUUGGCGCGAUUUUGAAGAUUUUGUUGAUCACCAACCCCCUGUCUAUGACAUGUUGCCUCUUCCUCCGGAUGCGGUACAGGAGUAUAAUCUUGAGGAGCUUUUCAUUGAAGAAGGGAAUGGUGAUGGAUAUGAUGAGAAUGGGAAUUACAACUAUUGCGGUUUAACUGAAUCUGAUAACGAAGGAGGCUUUGAGGACGUUUUUAGGGAUUAUUAUUCACUUUAAUUAAUAUCUCUUUGGAUCAACAAAGAACUUUUAAAAUUGUUUAGGAACUGUAGUUCCUUUUUUUUCUUUGCCAUUUUCUUUGUUUCUGGCUUUAUAAUGUUUAAGUGACAGACGAGGAAAGUUCAAUUGUGAUUUGAGUUGACACCAUCCGACUUUUGUAUUUAUGAUGAAUGUAGAUAUAAUCCAUACACCGAA